AUGGAAGUGGACGAAGAUCAGGUGAGAAUCUUUGAUGCCCGAGAUUCGGUUGGUGCAGAUGCUGAGCUGGCUGAAUUAUUUGGGUGCGGUAUCGAAGAAAUCCAACAAUUGGCUCGGGACUCAUUGCCAAGUGGACCGCGGAGUGACGAUCUUCCAACUCUACAGGAUAUCUUCACUUGUCCGAUCUUCACUAAAGACUAUCUCCCGGCAGAGGCCGAGGUUAGACGGUUGGUGGCUUUGGGGCGUUCGGGGCAAGCGAUGAAACGUUUAGUCUCCCCGGGUUUGGCCGCUUCCAAUGAGCAAAUUCGUCAAAAAUUGCUUGCGAAAUUUCCUCCGAGCCCAGCUGGAAAGCUUCAACGCACCGCGCUGCCGCCGACCCCAGAGAUCCCAUUGGAUGUUCUGUUCCAGUCCCUCAAAUCGUUUCCUACUGGUUCGGGGCCUGGCCCUGACGGUCUUCGAGCCGAUUUCUUGAAAGGAUUUGUGGGUCAUUCGUUGGAUUCUGAAUAUUUGAUGACGCUUCAUCGCUUCAUUCGGAUCGUUGUCGACGCUGAGUUACCUGAAGGCUUGCGGCCAUGGAUGGCUGGUGGGACGUUGGUCGGGGUUGGCAAGGUCGACAAGUCAGGGCACCCUGUCGCGCUCGACCAGGACAUGGUGCUCCUGCAGAAGGAUGUGAAAAACGCCUUCAACACUGUUCAUCCCCACGAAUUCCUCAUCGAUUGUAGACAAUACGCUCCGGCUUCGUCUCGUUUCGCUGAAUGGUGCUAUGGAGCUCCUUCCCAUUUAGUAUACGAAGGCGAACUGUACCCCAGUUCUCGAGGGCAACAAGGUUGUCCGCUCAUGAUGGCCUUGUUCUGCUUGGUGCGGAGGCGUCAUGCCGAAGAAGCUCGGGAGGCCGCCGGGAGUUCGCCCCCUUUUGAGCCGGAGUACGCUGAUGACAGUUUUAGUGGCGGUCGGGUCCAAGAUGUUCUCCGUUGUUUCCGGGAAGAAAUCAAACUCGCUGAGAAGUAUGGAUUUUCGUACGAUCUGUCGCAAUGCACUUUGUAUUUGCUGGCGGGGGAUGAGUUUCGCGGAGAUGUGUCGGGUUUCCAAGCUCUCGGAGUUCGGAUUCAAACCGGUACCGAUAUCCAGAUGUUGAAAGCUCCGGUUUGCGGGCAGACUCCCUUCAUGAAAGAACUUUGUGAUGGCAAAAUCGUCCGCUUCGAACAAUUGCGUGUCUCCAUCCGAAGCAUGGUGGCCUUGGAUUGA